UUCGCAUCUGCGCAUUUUCCUAAACCCCGAUGGUGGAUAAUUUCGUUCACACGACCGCCGACACAAGGCUGUGUUCUACCUGCCUGCGUUUCCCAAGAAUCGUCUAGUGGAAUCAUCCUCAUCGAGGUGUUCCUAUUACCUCAUAUUUCUCUAAUGAUGUACAAAACCGUGAGAAAAGGUGAUGCCAGUUUACAAUACACGAUUUUACCACAAAGCGAUCAAUUCAAUUCUAACGGAUUGUCACAAUCAACGUCACAUAAUACGGGAAAUGGAAAAUCACGAUCUAAAAUUAUCAAAUAUACGAUAUUUACAUUAGCGUUGAUCGUAUUAUCAUGCGUGGGAAUACCAUUAUUGAUAAAUCAAAACGAUCACAAUUUAUUUGCCGGUACUAUACUUGUUAUGGGUAGGGUUGGAUAUGAAACAACAACUACAACGACUAUGACAACGUCAACAACAACAACAACAACAACAACAACAACGUCAACUUCAUCGACAACUGCAUCAUCGACUAGCAAUAGCAGCAAUGGUGGUAGUGGUGCUGGUGGUGGUGCUGGUGGCACCAGCAACAGCAACAACACCACCAGUACGUCAACUACCAUCGAAAAUGCAUUGAAAAGUGAUCAGAUCAGUGAAGAUGAAGAAGAGGAUGAGGAAGAAGAAGAUGACGAGGAAGAAGAAAUAAUCAUUGACAAGAGUAAAUAUCAAAUUCCAAUUAGGAAGACAACUAGGCCAAGGACAACUACUGUAAUGAUAACUUCUACUAUUACUGCUUCCUCUUCUUCUUCUUCUUCUUCUUCUUCUUCUUCUUCUUCCUCUAAGAACAAAGAUUUUGACAAUCUAACGAUACCCAUCGAUUCCUUAAAGGAUGACGAGCUUGAAUCUUCCGAGACUCUAUCUCCAGACGAAAUAAUCGUGGAUGAAGGAAGAAUUCCGACUGAUUCGUCGUUGAAUAUACGACAGACGAGUAUUUAUUUGAAUUCUCAGUCGUCCCCAUCCUCUACCCCAUCAUCGGAAUUUUCGAAAUCCUCUUUGAGCAGCAUCGAACCCUCGGAAAUGACGAAGGUGUCGUCUGGUACCGGUAGGAAGACAAAAAUGCCACGGGUGACAUUGAAAUUACGAGAAAACGAGACGAUACCACAAAUGUAUAUGAAAGCUGGUAUAGCUUCUUAUAAAAAGGGUAAUAUUACUACGAGCGUUUUGGCACACGGACUUAGCUUAGAAGGUUUGAUUUUUAAAACACCCGAAGGAACAAUCAAACCAUGGGAACAAAAAUGGUUCUUUUCCGAUCCCUCUUCGGAUUUCCAAUGGAAGGGUCCAAAUCAGAUGCCAAUGUCUAUGUACAUCCUUCUAGCAGGAUUAGCAGGAUUAGCUGUUCUCAGCAUCGUAUUAAUGUUUUAUGUACAACGUAAAGCGUCACGACGGCAACGGCACGACAUUGAGGAACCAGAAACGGAAAUACAAGAAGAGGAUAAAUCAACAUUAUUGGGUACUGAUAAUCACGAGAUUGAGGAUAAGGAUUAAUCAAAGGAAUAAAUCAAUGAAACCCGAAGAUAUUGAUCCUUUACCUCGCGACUGAAUUUUUCCAAUAAUUUUUUAAUGGACGCCCAUUUAUUGACUCUAAGACGCACACAUUACGACGAUGACGAUUUUAACUGAUGAGAAAAUAAUAAGAGAGAGUGUGAGAGAAUGAGAGAAAAAAAGAGAGAGAGAGAGAGUAAGAGAGAAAAUAUAGAUUUUCUAUAACUAUGUAUGUCUACCACCUUUAGGAUAUUAUUUUCACAUUGCGAAUGUUAAAUUUGAAUUCUUUUUAAUAUCUUUUUCUUUUAUACACAAAACGAUUCGCAUAACUUUAAAAAAUAUUUGGAAAAUUACGUGUGUAAGAUGAAAACAUUCGUCGAAUAUCAUUUCAAAUCGUAUUUGAUUCAUUGAUUGUUCGAAUCUAUUAAUUGUAAGACAAAAAUGUAUUUUAUUGUUAUAAACAUUAUCAAAUAGAAAGAAAUUUCGUUGGUAUUAAUAUUAUACAGUAAAAUCUUUCACACGUUUUUUGUUUUUUUAAACUUGAAAUUUAUUAUUCUUUCUAUCUGCGAGAUGAAAACAAACAAACAAACAAAAAAAACAUAUGUACGAUAUUUUGUUCGUUCGAAAGAAAGUUGAGUUUGUUAAAAUUUAUUAAAAUGUUUACGAGUACGAGGAAAAAGUUGGACCCUUUUUUUCUUUUUUUUUUUCUAAAUCGUGUAAUAUAAUAUGUCGUUGGAUAAAUAAUAUGUCUAAAAAUGAUUUCAAAUUUAUCGAAUAAAUCGCGAAUCAUCAUCCUGUAUUAGUUUAAUAUUCGUUUCGUUGGAUAUUAUCUCGAAUACGAUAUUGUUGUAAUACUUUUUCCGAUAUAUUUUAUGAAAUAAUAUUACUACCAUUUUUUAAUUUCCAACGGAACGAAAAAAACGUAAGCAAGUAUAUAUGUACACGUAUGCUUACCUAUAUGUGUAUGUGUGUGUGCGUGUGUACGUACGAUUAGCGGAUAGAUCAUAUGAUUCCGUACAAAAAAUAAUGUUCGAUGUGUUUUUCGAGAAUAAAAAGUAAUCAAGAUAAUGAGAUGAUUAAAAAAGGGCGAACGGUAAAAAAUAAAAAGAUUUAAA